AUCUAUCUUCAUCAUCAUCAUCAUCCUCUGCAUCCUCAAGACUGGUCGUGAUGGGAAACAGCAGCACAACGUCUCCUCCAUCGUCUGUCAAUGACUCCAACAUCAGCUCCAACCACUCCAUCAGCGGGAGCCACUCCUUCAGCCACUUCUGGUCUAUGCUCUUGUCCUCUAUGGACAGUUACACUGAGAUGAUGACCCAGUGUCAUCUGGAAACUGGUAAACUGGGCUGGUUAGUGGUGAAGAUCUUCAUACUGGUGACGGCCCUCCCAGCUAAUGCAGGUUUGAUGUGGCUGCUGCUGAAGAGGAGGCGAGCCAUGACAGCGUCGGAGGUGCUGGGACUCAACGUGUCCCUCAUGGACGUCCUGUACUCUCUCUGCCUGCCUCUAGACAUUUACUCCACCCUACAUGAGACCUCUCAGAUGACCAGCUCCGUCAGAGAGGCCCUGUUUGCACUCAACCUGUUAGGCUGCCCGCUGCUGUUGACCUUCAUGUGUUUGGAACGCUACGUGGCGGCAGCUCGGCCUGUCCUCUACAUCAGGCUGGGGAGGUGGGAGUACCGGGCCAUGCUGUGUGCCUGUGCCUGGCUACUCACCCUGGCCGUGGCCCUGUUGGGGUACUUCGUCCAGAUGUUCACCAUGGCUCUGUCCAUGUCCAUCACCAUCUCGCUGCUCUUCCUGCUCAUGCUGCUGUGUCUGCUGGGGAUCGUGUGGGUGUUGUGUCAGAGUGGACCGGGCGAAGCUUCAGGAUCCAGCGUGCCGCUUAAGAGACGUGCUCUGAAGAACAUCGUGGUGGUGAUGGUGCCGUCAGUCGUGGCGUACUCUCCUCUGGUGGCUCUGGUCCCGUACGUGUCUGUGAUCGUCUCCCAGUCCACAGAGAACGUCAGCCCCACACAGUGUACCGUCCUGCAGGUCCUGCUGCUCUUCCCAAACUUCGGCCUGUUCAUCGGCCCCAUGUUCUACCUGUCCCGCUUCAGACGGGCGAGCUGCUGGGCCAAAGUGCAACAGAGCCCCAACUCCAAAACACAGACCGAGUAGAUCACCUCUUUAUGUAGACCCUUUAGCUGUUAGUAAACCGUAUGAUGUUUUUUGGUGGGCGGGGCUUAGCUGGAGGCCAAACAUUUCUCCACAGGCAUUAGCUAGAGCUAGCUAGCAAGUUCUGUUGGCUUGUUUUAGACAAUGUAGGAGGAUGAUGUGAGUGGUGCAUUUGGAAAUAUUCAUGUCGGAGCGCACUCAACAAGACGACAUUUUAAGACUCCUAUGUAGCCACAGCCCUGUGGGGGGAGUCGUGUUUUGCCUCCAACUAACAAACUGACGUCACGGUGAUGUCAGCCCUGAAAGGGUCGGUAGGAUAGAAAUGUGUUUGAACAUGUAGGU